GAGAGCUGCGUACUCUCUUUCAGAGAUGUGCCAUCCAAACUUGGUGGCACUUGCAGUGCUGCUAUGCUCUACAUUGUUGGUAAAUGGAGGGAAAGUCUUAGUGUUCCCUGUGGAUGGAAGUCACUGGAUCAACAUGAAUAUCAUCAUCGAAGAGCUUCACUCCAGAGGUCAUGAAGUCACAGUGGUGCGGCCAAACGACACCUGGUACAUCAAGUCAGAGUCCCCUCACUACAAGACCAUCACUAUAAAUUCCUCAGCCGGAUUUGAUGAUGAGCGCUUUGGGGCAUUUGUAAAGGAAAAACUGACCAUGCGUCGACAAGGUGCUUCACUUUGGACUCGAUUAUCGAUGGAGUAUGACGUGAUGACACAUUUUUAUCAAAUGCGUGUCAAAGAGCUUGAGAUGGUUGAGGGAAUGUUUGAGGAUACCAAGCUGAUGCAGAGCCUCCGUGAUGCCAAACAUGAUUUGGUUCUGACUGAUCCUUGGACAGGUACAGGUGUUCUUAUGGCUCACCGUUUGGGUCUGCCACUUGUCUUUAAUGUCCGAUGGACUAUUCAGGGUGAAGGCCAUUUUGCAAUUGCACCUUCCCCACUCUCAUACAUCCCUAUACCCCUGUCAGAGCUGACUGACAAGAUGACUUUCAUUCAGCGUGUCCAGAAUAUGCUCUACUUUUUCUUCUUAACUUUACAUACUUGGUAUGUCAUAGAACCAAACUACAAACCAUUUGUCCAUCGUCAUUUUGGCAGUGAUGUACAUUACAUGGAGCUGUUUCAGUCAGCAGACAUCUGGCUGAUGAGAAAUGAUUUCACCUUUGAGUUCCCUCGACCCACAAUGCCAAACGUUGUCUACAUGUCAGGAUUUCAGUGCAAACCCUCCAAGCCCCUGUCUAAAGAGCUAGAGGACUUUGUGCAGAGCUCGGGUGAACAUGGUGUCAUUGUGAUGACACUGGGAUCUAUGGUGGAAAAACUUCCAGAGGACAUCACUGAAGACAUUGCUGCUGCUUUUGCAGAACUUCCACAGAAGGUGAUUUGGAGGCACAAAGGCAAAAGACCAUCCACCCUUGGUAAUAACACGCGAAUCUUGGACUGGUUGCCCCAAAAUGACCUCCUGGGUCACCCCAAGACCAGAGUGUUUGUGGCCCACGGAGGCACCAAUGGGAUACAGGAGGCCAUUUACCACGGUGUGCCCCUGGUUGGCCUGCCACUUAUGUUUGACCAGGCUGAUAACUUCUUCAGGAUGAAAGCAAGAGGUGUGGCCAAAGUCCUUGAUAUUGCAACAGUGAACAAAGAAAACUUCUUGGAGGCGCUAAAGGAGGUGCUCUACCAACCAUCCUACAGGGAGAAGAUGAAGGAGCUGUCCAGCAUCCAAAGAGAUCAGCCUAUGAAACCGCUGGACCGAGCCAUGUUCUGGAUCGAGUUUGUCAUGCGGCACAAAGGAGCGGCGCACUUAAGGACUGAGUCUUACAAGAUGUCCAGCAUCCAGUACUACUCGAUGGAUGUGGCAGCCUUUCUGCUGGCAGUUAUUUUGCUAGUAUUUACCAUUUUGUUUCAGCAGUCAGGUUUCUGUUGCUCAAGUUAUUUUACGGAAACAAAGUCAAAAGGAAUGAUGAUUGUGUCACAAAAUUUGUAUGCUUGUCAUCUGUUGUCUAUUCAGAAGAAGGAUAAAUAG